CAAACGCAAUUCUCGAUUAACGUCUCGUUUCGAAAACUCUUCCAACGAGUUCCCAAUCUACAGUUAUGUGGGAAUCAAAUGACAAUCAAGAACUAAAGGACAAUAAUACGGAGCGAAAAGUUUCUGGAAAGCUGAGAGAGAAGACGAGAAAAAGGAGACCUAGAAAAUCGAUUACUCAGGCUACAGCAGCAGAGGAACAGCCUGCCCUGCAGUUACCUCCAAGACAAGGAUCUCUUUCCCAACAAACACCAUCUCAUACUCUACAGACAGUUCUGCAGCCUACGAACACAGUAUUGCAACCUACAGAAACUGCCGGUGAGCCACUACAUACACUGCCUCAGUUGAUGCAGUUGGUACAGAAACUGCAUCCACUAUCAGGGGGGGAUCAAACAGUAAAAACAGCGCCACAGCUGCCAACAAGUCAACCUUUACAGGCAUCACUGCAGCUCCAAGAAGCUGCUCAUCAGACUCAACCAACUGUGUCUCAGUCUUCACAAAUGAUGAUGCAAUCACAGAUCACUACAUCCCAGCCCCUUCAAGUUUCUAUGCGGCCUCUAAAUACUACACCACAGCUUACCCACACAGUGUCACACUCUUCUCAAACAAUUUUGCAGCCCACACAAAGUUUGCUUCAACCGCCACAAAGUCUGCUACAGGCUUCACAAGCUUCGCUUCAGCCUCCUCAGACACUCUUUCAGCUUCCACAGACCGUGCUCCAAGUAGCACCCCAAACUCUGCAAACCGUGCUUCAGGCUCCAAAUAAUACUCUUCGGGCUCCGCAACCGGCAGGGCAGCAACUUCCGCACUCUGGACCAUUGGAGAGUACCCCAUCUUUAGCUUCACUCGCCCAGUUCACUCUCCCUCCAAAUCUGUUUCCCUCACCGUUGUUAAACAGCGCUAUCCAAGCGCCUCUCCAGCCUUGCGUCCUGUCUUCUCAUACAUCUCCUCAUUCAUCCACCAUGAGUAUGCUUAGUGCUCUUCAAGAUGAUAAACUUGCUUUGAUCCUUCCAGUGUUAGUGAGAAUGGAGCAUAAGAUAGAUCAGAUUAUGGCGAUUAUCGGCGCUAAAUCCAGUGUUGGAAUAAAUGGGCUGCAAACAGAAAACAAGUAUAAUCCCAACUUGAUAGACAAACAGUGCGAAAGUGGCCCAAAUUCUGUCAUGACAGGAAACGGAUCGAUUGAAUCAAAGACGGAAAGUCAUUCCACUACUGUUACGAUGGUAAAUCAGUUAAAUACAGAUAACUUAGCUAACCAUUCGAAUAUACCUUUGCCAGGAAAGCAAAAGAAAUGUUUUACGAAGGGAGACCAAGCGGUGAGCGCACCUAUCAAAUCUCAGUCAAAAGAAAGCCAGUCAACUGCGUCAACAACAAAUUAUAAGCGGUCUAAUGUUAACUUGACUGAAUCCCACUCGAGUGACGGAGCGAUGGAGAACAGCGAUACAGACACUGCUAUGGAAUCUAUUAGCGUCGAAGCUUCCAGUUUAACUUCCUCGUGUAACGUGACGAAUUUGCAUCCUGGUUUAUCGACAGCUCAAGGCCGUCUGAUUCAACGUAAAAUGGCAAAAAUAACUGAGCUUACGCUGCCUGAAAAUUCCAACUUUCCCAUUUCACGUGACAAUAUUAUUGCGAUGCAGGCAAAGUCCACCUCCACGAUGAAUUUUGCCGUGCGCCUGAUGCGCGAAUUGUUUACCUUGGAGGAACUUGAUGGGAAGAACAUUUCAGGAGCCAGAGGGAAAGACAGAGUCGACCCGAACAGAGUGGAAAUCAUUAAAGAAAUUGUCUUCCAGGUUUAUCGUACAUUACCGUCUGACAGAGAUAUGGUGUGGAGGUGCUGCCGCAAGGCAAUGGAUUCCUUUAUGCGUCGCAUGAAACGGGAGCGUACGCUGAAAAGCAAAACUAACUCUGCUGCAACUAUUUAACGUGAAUUUUUGAUACAGAUCCAACUCGUGGCUUAUCAUUUCCAAAGUGCUUUCAG